AGUUGAACCCUCGGGAAAGAAAAUCCUCCAAUGGCCGGUGCACUGAAGUUGGUGCUGGUUUUAGUGAUUUUUGGCGUUGUUUUUGCUACUGAAGCGGACCAUCAUUAUGGGCGGGAAAUCGUUCCAAAAUCCGAAAAAUACAAUAUUGAUGCUCAGAUUGCCAAUGCAACCAGCGAUGGAGUUCAACGACACUCAAGAAAGAAGCGCUUUUUGCUGUUUCCUGUGAAUGCGAAUAUAUUGGUCACAGUAUCCGGUGGCAAAGCGCCCCAAUUUCGUAGACCCAGUGGAUACUCUUUUAUAACGGAGCUAGAUUUGUACCACCCGCUACCGGAUUAUAAAUACAGGAUCACUCAACUUAAGUUGAAUUCCGUAGCCAUGUAUCCACCGGAGCCCACAAAGCCAACGGAACCUCCAGCAACGACAGCAGCCGUAGAAGAACAUCAUGAUGGACACGAUCUGACUCCAAUGGAGCUGGAACAGUAUCUGAAAGAUCAUCCCGAAACCUAUGUUCCACCGGAAUACAAUAACAACGAUCGUUCUGAUCGGUUUCAACCGGGGACGUACAAUCCAUAUGGUUACGGCAAUGGUCAAAGUUAUCCGUUGCAGUAUUCCAGAUAUUGGAAACCCUAUCAGCAACCUUACAAAAGUAAAUUGUGGCAAACUUAUCCCGACAGUUAUUAUCAACAGAGCUACCGGAAGAUGAAACGAUCCGUUGCUCGAGAUUUGGCAGCUGAGCUUCAGAUGAUCGAGGAAGAAGAAGAUCGAUUCAACAUAAGUCACCAUCGAAAUUGGGAACACUUUUAUCACUACAGGGAACGGCGUGAGUUAUACAGUUCUGUUGAGGAAGGCGUUGAAAGCAGAUUGGGAAUAACUAUAAAAUAUUGCAUUCUGAGAUCUAUUUGUGAAGCCCGCAGCUUUCUCUUGCCUCCAGGGCGAUCGAUGAUAAUGGAUAUUCUCCGGAUAAUAUUUACGGUUCCCCUGAAGGAUGAAUUGAAUGACGAUUACAGCUCAGCAAUGCGACAGGAGAAUCUGGACUGUCAUCAACUUUAUGGAAAAGAUUGUCCUAUCAGUAUACUGUACUUGAUUUUGUUUGGAAAAUUUACACCUUGA